GUCAUAUACUCAUGUACUCCUUGUCUGGGCCCCUCCUACCACAGUUUGGAGAGAAAAUUCAGCAGCAGCAUGAUUCAGCACAAGAAGAAGCGAGCAGCAGUCAAGGAAAAAACCUAAAUUACCUUUUCUAAAAACUUGUAGAGUUGACCCAGGGAAGAUCUCUGUGGAGUAGGCAACAUUCACAGUGGAGGCAUACAACUAGAAUAUCAUCUAUUAGGGAAAACAGCUGCUGCAUUUUUUAUACAUAGAUUUUUUUAAAUAGGCUAUAAGGAUCGGUUAUAGGAGCCGUCAGGAAAACAUUACAGUAGCCUACAUGUGAGAAGAUGUAGAUGAUCGUGCUAAAGAAGAAAAAGCAAUGAUGAAUGUAACUUCCACGGAGCAUGGAGACCCAUGUGCGCCUGUCCUCCAGGAGCUGUGGCAGUACGUGAAAGCUGGACAGGAGGAGAUCCUUGUCUCUCCUUAUUUACCUGCGUCCUGCGCCUUUCUGACGCACAUGCUGCUCUGCGCACCUUUCCUGGCGUUGGACGCGCUGGGCAGCGUCUGUCGGCGGGUCAGGUGGUGGAGGAUCGCUGCAGGCUCGGGGCCACCGCCGUCGCUCCGCCAAUGGUUUGACUGCUUAUGGAGGAUACUGUUCAAAUACCUGACUGCCAUCCUCCCCGCAACCGCGAUGUUUCAGAGCCUGAGGAGCCCCAUGCUGCCGGACCUGGCGCCGUCCUGCUGGCAGCUCUUUGUGGAAGUCCUCGCGUGUUCUCUGCUUUUUGACACGCUCUACUUCAUAUGGCACUUCUCUCUGCACAGAGUUUCCUGGCUCUACCGCAACAUCCACCAGCUGCACCACCAGCACAAGGUACCCUUUGCCCUGGCAGCCCAAGAUGCCAGCUCCACUGAGCUGCUCUCUCUGCUCCUGAUUGCCCUGAUCAGCGCCUGGGUGGUGGGCUGCCACCCCCUGAGUGAAGCCCUCUUCCACCUCAUCAACAGCUGGCUGGCGGUGGAAGAUCACUGCGGCUACGAUCUGCCCUGGGCUCUGCACAGACUGCUGCCCUGCCUAGGAGGAGCCCCCCACCACCAAACCCACCAUAGUUUGCACAGGGGGAACUACGCCCCCUACUUCACCCACUGGGAUCACCUCUUUGGCACAUACUGUGCAUAAGUGCAGCAGAAAGCAGAAAUAACUUUCGGCAAUGUAAGAAUGAUGUAAAUAUGUAAGGUGAAUAUUCCUCUUUGAGUCAAAACUGUAUAUACAUAUACAUAUAUACAUAUAUAC